AUGGAUAAGGAAAAUGUCGGGGUUUUGACCCCCAGAAAUCGCAUCAUCUCGGAAACUACCGGACUCGUCAAGCUCCAACUCUCUCCACUGAGAAAUGCGCCCCAGGUGUCUCCAGCCAGAUCUAAGGGCUUAAAGGUUAGUGUGCCCAUAGUUGAACAGUCCAAAGAGCCUGCGGCUCCCACUAAGAGCGACCUUCUAGCGAAAUAUGCCUCGAAACAGGCAAAGUUGAUGGAGUUGGAGAAGCAGGCCGAGGUUCUUCGCUUCGAGCUCAUGGAGCUCCAGGCUCAACUUCAUCUGGAGAUUAAUAAGGAUCGUCCUUUGGAAACUAUCAAGACUCGUGCUAAUGAGGAGGUCAACAUGUUGAAAAAGAAGGUGAGCACGAUAUUCCUGGCCAAUUGGCCCAACAUAAGUCCUGAGACCAACGAGAACGAUAAGGUGGAGAUUGAAGCUUCAGAAAUAGGUGCAAAUGGGUCUUCACAUCAGUCUCCGCAUCGGUCACCAUAUCGUUCUCCAGAGAGAUCCUUAAAUAUGUCUUCAAAUGGAUCUCCAGAGAAGACUCCUCAUAGAUCUGGUGGUUUGUUUCCACCUCCAGAAUUGACCAAGAAGGCUUCGUCCAUGUUUUCCGCGAACCAGCAGUUCAUGAAGAAGAAAGCCUCAACUAUUUUUAAUAACCAGGAAACCAUGAAGAAGGCAUCAACUAUUUUCUCGAAUAACCAGGAAUUGGUCAAGAAGAAGGCUUCCACCAUGUUCAACAAUAAGUUCCUUUCAGAAGUGCGUGAUCGCAUGGACCAGCAACAGGCAGAGCUUGACAAAAUUGCAAAAAAGGGUUCUGAUUUUGCCAAGGACUUCUUCACAUCCUUGUCACCUAAGAAGGAGAAGGUUGCUGUGGGUGUAGAUUCUUCUUUUGUGUUUGAAAAUGUAGAGAACACUUCGAUGGACCAUGACAAUGAUAUUCUCACCCACUCUAUUCUAUUGAGUGAAGAUGAUACCGUGGAGCAGGUGGAUAUCGAUGACUACAGCAGCUCAGAGGAAUAG